AUGUUUAUUGAAAGCAUGAACAUGAACAAAUGUUUCUUCUAUCCACAACAUUUAAUGCUGUUUGCCGCACUACUGGAAAUGCCGUAUUCACUACCAGCAGCAUACUUGCAAUGCAAAGAAAUACUGAUUGUUCCCUCUGCGAAAGGCCUUUUUUCGGACUGCUCUCGUUGUUCCUUCCUAACCAUAUUUUAUGCGAAAUAUCCCUUAUCCGUCAGAUAUCCUGCCUAUAAGACUUCAGCUAGGAUGGCCAACCUCAAUUCUACCACAAGACAUCAACAAGCCUUGGAACUUGCACCGCUGCUUCUUUGCACCGAGCCUGAUUGCUACUACAUGGUUUUCAAGACUCCAGGAACUAUGGACUGCACGUUGUGCGACUUUACCCAUGUCGAUCAAGCAAGCUGGAGCGCCCGGAAUCUCCCUGCUAUAUUUUACGAACACGACCCCACGGCGAAUGUCCAAGCAAAUGUGCCUCCCAUAUGGACUUCCGCAAAAGUAUUUGGGAACAGCAUCAGGCACUUUCCUGUUCUCCCUUGGCACAUAUCGUCCAAGGUGGAGGGAUGGCGUCUCGAAGCAUGGUUUCGUACCGACAGUCGAAUCACGCCAUAUGAUAUUAUGGACCGUAUCCAUCCCGACUACAAACACGAGGUUUCCGUUGAAAUCCUCUGCCAACGCCGAGAGUCCUUCCUGUACCAGUUCCACUCCAACCAUUGGGAACCGCCUCUGGACGAAGCGCCUAUGGCAUACCAGACAGUUCGAAAUGAUGGAGUCAGGAGAUAUGACCGGAAUGAAAUACUUAAUUACACAAGCGGAUUAACUGGCAAUUCAAAUUUCAACCAAGAGAAUGGCAGCGUCCUUCCGCCAAUAGCAGAUCCUUUCAGAAAUGUAGCCCAGUUGGGGCAGCAAGUGGUUCAAACUGACGGCCCUCCCCCUGUCGCAAACUUGUACUCAAAUCGACUUGUGCCGCCUCGCGAUUCAUAUUACCGCCAAAGAACUUUGCUGCCGCUAAGGACCAGCGGGAUACGUAUAUUGAAUAAUGAAGACAUAGAGUCGCGCGAGCUGUCCCUUCUGCUGCCUAAUACUUCGGACGAAAAUCAGGGAUAA